UGUGGUUACUGGUUAAUAGGUUAGCUGCAGUGGAUCCUUCUAUGGAUAGAGCGAGGCAUGUCAUUUCAAGCCAUAGCUUUCGUCGGAAACGUUCAAUAAGAAAAGUAAACACGUUCCCAAAUGCGCUUUGUGACACCCCGCAUUAUGGAGCUGAACAGUCUGCUAGGGCUUUACUGUACCACCCACCUCAGACCGCCACUGUAGGCCCGUCUUAGGUCUUACUCCAGCAAUCUGCUUGCAGAGUUCUGCCUACUGCAAGAGUGCUGUGGCAUUUGGAGUAACUGGAAUGCACCUUUAGGCACUUUGACCUGUGAACCCCGUGCAGAGAUUCCAUUACCAUGAUGUGAUCCCAGGAGCUCAUCAGCCUCACUGCCAUGCCUGAGUGGAGUGCACCUUCUGCCGUCCCAAUGGGUGAAGAGUCUCCCCGCUUGUCCACUGGCUCGUCUUUCAGCGAAUGCCUGUCCACCAGCACCAUAUCAGACAGCUCUGUUCUGAUUGGUGGGGACCUCCCUGAUAAUGGCCGUCCUGUGAGCCUUGUUUCCACCUUAUCCUCAAGUUCAAGCUCUUCCAAAGAGGAGCGCUGUCUCUACAGAAGCUCCAUACAGAGCAUAGACCUGGAGCCGGGCCCCGCUGGCGAGGAGCGGCCGGCUGGCCUUGGGGAGGGCAGUGCAGAGGGAGCUGUUCAGAAGAACAAUAAGACUGUGGUCCCACUCUGGGCUGAUCACUCCAACCAGGUCCCCUGCUCAUCCCCUGAAGCCCAAACCAUGGCUCCCAGCCCCCAGCUCACGUACCUGGACCGGGUUGUCAUGGAGAUCGUGGAGACAGAGCGCAUGUAUGUGAGGGAUCUGCGUGGCAUUGUGGAGGACUACCUGGCUCAUAUCAUUGACACCACUAACCUGCCCAUUCUCCCAGAACAAGUGGGUGCUCUCUUUGGGAACAUUGAGGAUAUCUACGAAUUCAACAGUGAACUGCUGCAGUCCCUAGACAUGUGUGAGAAUGAUGCUGUGGCCAUCGCCAGGUGCUUUGUGCAGAAGACUGAAUAUUUUGAGAUCUACACACAGUACUGCACCAACUACCCAAAUUCAGUGGCUGUGUUGACAGAGUGCAUGAGGAACAAGACUCUGUCGAACUUCUUUCACGAUCGACAGGCCAUGCUGAAGCACCCGCUGCCCCUCGGUUCCUACCUGCUCAAGCCGGUCCAGAGAAUACUGAAGUACCACCUGCUGCUCCAGGAGAUUGCCAAGCACUUCGACGCUGAGGAGGAGGGCUAUGAAGUGGUAGAAGAGGCCAUCUACACCAUGACAGGUGUAGCCUGGUACAUCAAUGACAUGAAGAGGAAACAUGAACAUGCUGUGAGACUGCAGGAGGUGCAGUCUUUGUUGAUCAACUGGAAGGGGCCGGACCUCACAACCUACGGGGAGUUGGUUCUGGAGGGCACUUUCCGUGUGCACCAUUCCAAGAAUGAACGAACGCUCUUCCUCUUUGAGAAAAUGCUCCUCAUCACCAAGAAGCAUGGGGAGCACUAUGUCUACAAGACACACAUCUCAUGCUCAACGCUGAUGUUGAUUGAGAGUGCCAAAGACUCCCUGUGCUUCAGUGUCACGCACUACAGAUAUCCUAAGCAGCCCCACACUGUCCAGGCUAAGACUGCUGAGGAGAGGAAGUUGUGGGCCCAUCAUAUUAAAAGGCUUAUUUUGGAAAACCACCAGGCCAUUAUCCCACAGAAGGCAAAGGAUGCAUUACAAAUGGAUUCUGUGUACCCUAAGUAUCGCUACAGCCCAGAGAGAAUGAAGAAAGCCAUGUCCUGCCAACCAGAUGACGUAGGGGUCCAUGUAAAACGACGACAGUCAGAACCAGCCAAACAGAUCAUACAGAGCACUAAAGAUACUUUUAAGACUAAGGGAAAGAAAAACACUUGCAAAGUCUAG